AUGAAAAACGUCUUUUCUUUCAUUGUCCUUUUGCUGUUACAAGCAUUGAUUUUUUCCAUAACUCAAGCUGCUGAUGAAGCGUCCUCCACGACCACCACUACUGCUAAUGUCCAGGAAGAAGCAUCAUCAUCUAAUCUUUCAUCAGCUCAAUUCUGGGGACAAAUCAUCGCCAUCAUAGCACUCGUUGUAUGUAGUGGUAUUGUCGCAGGAUUGACACUUGGUUUGAUGUCUCAAGAUGUCACCAAUCUCGCCAUAUUAUCUGCAGCUGGUACGCCCAAACAACGGAAAUAUGCUGCACGCAUCAUGCCUAUCCGCAAAAACGGCCAUUUGCUCCUGACAGCCUUACUCCUCACCAACACCGUGUUGAAUGAAACCUUGCCUGUGCUUAUUGAUGGCCUUUUUGGACAAGGGUAUUUGGCUAUCAUUCUAUCGACCGUGCUCAUUGUUCUCUUUUCGGAAAUUAUACCUCAGGCCGUUUGUUCUCGUAAUGGUCUCGCCAUUGGUGCAUUCUUUGCGAUACCGGUUCGAGUAUUGAUAGGCUUUUGGUAUAUCAUUGCAUGGCCCAUUUCCAAAAUUUUGGACAAGUGCCUUGGAAAACAUCAUGGCUUUGUAUAUAAUGUCUCUGAGCUUUGUGAGCUUAUCGGUCUCCAUAGCAACAGCAACUCAAAUCAAUUGCAUCCAGGGCCGCUUGAUCAAAGCACCACGUCAUUACUUCAAUGCAUUUUGAAAGUAUCAGAAAAGACAGCAGGCGAUUUGCUCUAUAGCCCACAUCCACCACCACAACACCAUCACCAUGAGUGUAUGCUUUAUGCGGAUGAUGCAAUCGACAACGCAUUAUUGGGCCGCGUCGUUGCUAGUGGCUACGCAGCUCUCCCUGUCUAUGAUCGAAUACUUAACCAGCAAGAAACAAAACAAGAGGCAGUGAUUGGAACGAUCACAGCUAGCAAACUGUUUUCGGUGCUUCAUUAUAAUAGUUCAGAAAAGAAAACCAUCCGCGACUUGACAUUGGAUCCUGUGAUUGAGAUACCAGCAUCCACGAGGGUUCUAACGCUUUUACAGCUACUCCAAAAUGAGCCAUGCAAGUAA